GUUUCAGGUGACAUUGAAGACUGUUUAGUAGCCCCGGUGUCUCAAGGGCAAUUUACACCACUACCAGAAGCACUUUGUUGGGCAAUACUGGAGUUAACAUCCCAGCGACAGGCCGCGACGCUGGACACGCUGCGUUCAGCGCUGAGAAAUGCGUUUCCCACAAUGCAGCGACCGAACCGUGAACUGGUGUACGACGCGCUCGCUAAAUUAAUGCAGGAGCGUAAAAUCUACCAUACCUCGCAGGGGUACUUCGUGGUGACACCCGAGACCAAGAGAUUGAGACGGGAUUCCAGCGGUUCCAGGAGAAAUUCGCGCGAGGUCUCGAGCUGUCGCGGGCAGGGCAUGCUCAUGAGCAAUGACGAAGCAAUGGCACUCGUACACGGUGAGAUGCUCACCCUCAGGGACGGUAAUGUGACGCAUCAAGCCGUACAAACUAAUUUAGCUGACGUUAUUUGUGGAGGAAAUCCGAAUGAUAAAAUUCUAUUCGCACGAUGUCGUUCAGUGCCCGGUCGCUUAGAACGAAGGCAUUCGUUGCGACUGUGGGGUUCAGCUCGUCGACUUCACAGGAGCGGAAGUUCACGAUCACUGCCACGAAGACCGGAAAGAAGUGACACCUCGUCAAGCGCCGAGUAUGCGAGCACCGAUAGCGCGCCUCACAGUCCCACUAGUCUGUCUGGGCUGUUUACAGAGAAGAUAGGCUUACUAUCAAGGCUCUUUCGGCGCAGCAGUCGGAGGAAGGGUGCACCGUUGAUGGGCACUUUUAGUGCUCAAUAUCCGCCAACCGAGUGGUUCAACCCGAGGGUGGUUCAUCUUCACAGCGUGGCAACGCAAACUAGAGCAGUUAGUCCAUCGAUGAUGGAAGGAUUAGACCAAUCCCAGGCCAGUUUUCAAGUAUGGGACGACUCAAGCUCCGUACGAUCAGCGACGUUACCCCGGCGGCAUCGCCGUCAACCGAGCGGAGAUUCUACCAGUUUGCUCGCGAAUUCAACCCCACGAAGCUCGCGACGUCACCGCUCCCCGUGCUCGACUUUGCCGCGGUCAAAGUGCUCGAGUCUGAGUCGCUGCACGUCUCGCGCCUCCGUCCUGCCUCCUUCCACCGCCAUAAACCCCGAGUCGUAUCACCAAUCACGACCGCAGCUGCCCACCGGGAAGCACUCGAGCAACUCAUCUCCGAGCCGCAGCGGCGGGAGUUCUGGAUCCGUCCGCGUGACCACCAUUAACACCUCCACAAACAACAGCAAUAGUCAAAAUAGCCACACCAGCAAUAAUAAUAGUAAUAGUAAUAAUAGUAGUAAUAGUAAUAGCAAUAAUAAUAGCCACCACCACCACCACCACCACCUUCAUAAUAACAGCAAUAGCCAUAGCAAUAGUCCAAGCCCAGCCAAGACUGCAACACUGGGAAGGUCAAGCACUCGGCAUAGCUCCAGAAGACCAAGUCACGACUCAACUGGUAGCGGCACCAAGUCUUCGAAUAGUUCACCCCAACAUAAGAUACUACAGAAAGCCUCGUCGAUGCACUCAUCAACUCACCUAACGGCGAAGUCUGUGUCCAGUGGUAAAUUAUCAUCAGCGUCAUUAUCAUCAUCCCCACUGAAGACAUCAAUUACCGCGUCUGCCAAGUCAUCGCCGCUAAAGGUUAUCCAGCAGGGGUCAUUAACGCCGCUGCAAGAAGCCCAGAAUUCAAUAACCUUGCAGGUAUCAACGAACCUGAGUCCGGUGAGUCCGCCUCAGGACCGCGGGAGCAUAUCGAGCAGCGUGACUCUCGCCUCAAACGCCUCGAGCACCACCACCAUCAGCGGCUCUCCGGGGACUAAAAUUUACGUCCAUCAGAACAACUCGCCGAUGCGGUCAGUUAUCACCUUCGAGAACGGUACCACCAAGAGCUGCCUCGAGGAGAAGAUCUUGAAGGAGGAAAAGAUCUGCAAGGAGAAGCAGGAGCUCGUCAGCGAGAAGGUCCACAAGGCGAUGAUCAUCGAGAAAGAAAAGCUCUUGUCCUGCAAAGAGGAUGACAAACUUCUCACCAUGAAGAAGGUCAACGACGAUGACUGGAAGCUUAUGAAGAUUGAGAGACCUUCCUCGCUAUACACCAACGGCAAAGACGGAAAGUCCGAGUCCGACAAAGAGAACAAGCCCAAAGUAGAAGAAGAAAUCCCCAACAAGCUCAAGCUGACCAACCGCCUCAACAACAGCCAAGUUCACCUUAUUGAUGGCUCCACCAACAACAUCGACAAGUGCAAUUCUGAUAUCUCAGCUGUCACUGGAUCUACUACUAUCAAGAACACCAACGACGCGAUGAACAACUCGAGGAAGCUCAGUCUAUCUUUGUCCAAGGACGCGCUCAGUUUCAGGAACCUCUUGCACCCUGGCUCCAAGAAUAAUAUCGCCUCGAACCCUCCCUCGCCUACUAAAUCUUUUGACGGCUUCGGUGGCUCCUAUAAUAAUGUUUACAUCGAGAAUCUUGAUACUUUAAAGUCGAGGCGCGCUCCUCAGGGUUCUGAGCCCAAUUUGGACAAAAGCUUGAGCCGCGCGGAUCUUUACUCCUAUCCGAGCCUCAGCGACAUGCAGGUCCAGUUCACGAGCUUGGCUGCCCAGAAAAUCCUCAAAGGCUGUCCGAUUAACAGCGUUGACACUCUGGUGGAGGUCAAUAUGGCCGCUGAUAAGCCCAAUAAUAGAGAUGUUACCGUUCAUACUGAUUUUGGUCUUGUUUGA